AUGGAAAACCUCCCCUCUCCGCUGGUGGUAGAAAUCCUAACCCGCCUACAAGACUCCUCCGAUCUAGCACGAUGCAGACUCGUUUCAACCACGCUAAACCAAGCCUCAAACGAAGUCCGCUCGUUAACCCUACUCUGUUCCAUGUCUCGGUACCUCAAAUCCCGAUCACCGGAAACCAAGCACCUCGUCACGCCUUUCAAGACCGUUUUGAAGAACCUCGUUCACCGAUCCCGGGAUUUCGAAUCUGUGUCUAUCGGCGUUGAUCGAUCGCUCGGUGGUAUCUCCUUUGAUGAUGUUGAAGAUGAGUCCGAUGAUCUUCACCUCACCGAGUUCAAUUUCAUUCUUGAUUGGCUUCCGUGUCUUUCUCGGUCUAUCAAGUCGCUGUCUGUUUCGGAUUUCUGGGUUCAAUCUUGUUGGAGACGAUCCAAAGCGUUAUCCCUCAUUUCUUCCACCUGUAAUGGUCUGGUGCAAUUGGUGAUUAGGAAUGCUUGGUUAGCUGUGGAUGGUUUGUGUUUGAUGCCCACAUUGACCAAUUUGACUCUUGAAUUUGUAAGAUUGGAUGACGAGGAUUUGAACAUGAUCAAUACUUGUUUCCCUAAUCUUACGCAACUUAAUCUUAUUGGAGUUGGAGGACUUAAAGAGCCCUCGAUUAAUCUCUCACAUCUUCAGACUUGUCAAUGGUCAGUUUCCAAUGCUCCUCUUUCUUUGAUUAUAUGUGCACCAAGUCUUGUUGAUUUCCAUCUCAAGUGUAUCAAGCCUAAGUUGAUUUUCCUGGACGCACCUUCCUUGUCCAAUUUCAAUCUCUCUCUUGAGAAUACUGAUGAGUUAGUAUUGAAAAAUUGUGGUAACAUACAAUGCCUUCAGCUUGAGGUGGAAUGCCUCUCUCUUGGUUACAUUUUAAGCAUGUUUCGCCGCUAUCGUUGUGUAGCGGUAGAGAGACUUAACUUAGAUUUUGUGAGAAGAACACAGAUAGUUAUAGGGGUUGAAGUUGAUCAAGUGGAGUUUGGCUUUGAUAUAUUGUUGAAUUAUUUCCCAAAUAUAAGAUAUCUUAGUUUAGGUUCUGGGGCUUGGCAUGCAAUGGAGAGUUCUUUCCGAGGAGGAAGUUUUGAAAAUGCGAUUGGGAUGAAAACAUUGAAAGAGCUUAUUGCACAUAUUGUGAUACAUGAAAUUGAGUUUAAUCUUGCAUUUAUUUUCUCUAUUUUGGAUAAAUGCAUCCAAUUGGGAGACAUUUCUCUGCUCAUCCACAGUGAUGUUGAUCCCUGUGUUUCUGGAAACCUCAUCUCCACAUGCAGAAGCAAAUUUCCUGGAGUUAGAUGGAGAUGGGGAAUAUGGAAAGAAGGAAUCAAGGAUACUUGGGUUUCUGAUGGCAUCUAG